UUUAAAUCCUCUUGUUUGCAUAACUUGUAAGCUUAUUUUUAAUUUUUCCCCAGCUCGAUAUGAAGCUAUCGAUCUGAACAAGAAAAAGCUUAUAGAGGAAAUCUUAGUCGAGGAGAGAGAUGAUGCAAUAAUCCGAGUGGCAAAACUGAGGAAACGUCAGCCUCCCAAAUUACGCAGCAAAGCCAGAAAUAUUGCCAGUAAUAUAAUAAAUUAUUACGUAA